AUGCAGCGGCAUCCCGGUCUCCUGUUUGCCGGCUUGAUCUUUUGUGCUGCUCUCUCAGAGACGUUCGGGCUGGUUUUAUCCGCUAAAGAGAAAAGGGGAUGGACUAUGAAUAGUGCUGGCUAUCUGCUUGGCCCACGUCGUAUUGAACAGCUCCUCAAGGAAAUGCCCAAUGCAAGGGGGAGAGAAGAGCCACCUGGGGAAUAUGCAAUAGACAGAAUUUUUAGUGUCAAGCAUGGUUUAGCUGGUAAACGUGACAUAAACCUCGAAGAAAAUGUAAAAGCAGAUACUUCCACAAGACUGCUGACAUAUAACAAUAUUAUGCGUACAAUAAUUGAAUUCUUGGCCUAUCUACAUCUUAAAGAAGCUGGGGCUCUUGACAACAUAGCUACAACAGUUUCUUCAGAAGAAAGAGAUCAGUCCUGAAAGAGGUUGCAUUUAUACUCUGAAUUGAUCUCAUCUGAACCCUGAACAAAAUAAGACGUUAU